GAGGGGCUUCGGCGGCGCGGGCGGCGGCGAGCUCGGCGCGGCGGCGCGCGGGCUGUGGGCGCAGUGGGCGCACCUGGGCGCGGGACAGCAGAGCCCCAGCGCGGCCGGCACGCUGCGCACCGCGCGCUUGCUGGCGGGCGCCCGGGAGGCCACCGAGGGCGCCGAGGCCGAAGGUUAUUGCCUCUACGCGCACGUGGCCGCAGGCUUCUUCGUGGCGCUGUCGGUCGUCCACGACCAG